AUGCAUGUAGUCGAUUCUAAUUACGCUGAGCUCCAAUCACUUCUACUGAACCUGGAAGACGAUGCCCAAGAAGACCCUGUGGACGCCUAUCUAGACUCGCGAUGGCCUGAACCCGUUCCUACCGAAGAGGAAUUCUAUUUGCCAGAUUCCUUCGAUACCGCAAUAGCCGCCCACUGUGGCCUCGAGAUGCGUCAGCCACACAAUAGCGGGACGGUAAAUGCGGGAUCUCCCGCUGCACCCAAUACACUGACUGCCACGAGUAGCACAUCGAAGAACACUGAGGUGGGAUCACGACACCAACGGAAACGAAUACACCCGCCCCCAACUGAGGAUUCCGACAGGAGAACUAAGAGGACAACCCGCGGGAAAGCCACCCCCGAGCCCAUACACGAACGCACUGGACCAGGGAGGCGGAAGAAGCCCAGAGGUCGGUAG